AUGGAGGAGAGUAUAAGUUGUCGUGUUCAAUACGUCGACGAUUCAGAUCCAUUCGCUACAACAUCGAGUUCACAUCUUGAACCGAGUCGACCUAUUAUGCAUACUUUCUUAUUACAUCAAUCUAUAGGUGAUCAAAUACCAGAAGUUAUUCGGGUUUUAAGAGCUCCUCAUAAAGCUUGUAAUGCUGCUCUUCAAUUGUAUAAAUAUGAUGGUAAUAUGGGUGAUUUUGGAUGUUAUCUUGAUUCCGAUAUGUCAUUAAUUGAACAAGAAGAUGAAUUGGAAAUUCUUAAAGCAGAUCCGUAA